AUGGGCUUCACCCGCGACGGCUGCCGCAUCUCCGCCGGCGCCAUCGAGUUCGACGGCAUGGAGCUGACCUCCUCCCCCGAAGAGGACCUGCGCAUGCUGCGCGGCGCGCGCAUCGCCUACGUGGCGCAGUCGGCGGCCGCGUCGUUCAACCCGGCGCACAAGCUGAUCGACCAGCACACCGCGGCGCCGGUGCAGCACAGGAUCAGGACCCGGAAGGAGAGCGAGGCCGACGCGAUGGAGCUCUACCGGCGCCUGCGCCUGCCCAAUCCGGACGAGAUCGGCUUCCGCUACCCGCACCAGGUCUCGGGCGGGCAGCUCCAGCGCGCGAUGACCGCGAUGGCGAUGAGCUGCCGGCCCGACCUCAUCAUCUUCGACGAACCGACCACCGCGCUCGACGUGACGACCCAGAUCGAGGUGCUCGCCGCCAUCCGCGACAUCGUCGACCAGUUCGGCACCGCCGCGCUCUACAUCACCCACGAUCUGGCGGUGGUCGCGCAGAUGGCCGACCGCAUCAAGGUGCUGCUCAAGGGCGACGAGAUCGAAGAGGCCGACACCCGCUCCAUGCUCUCGUUGCCGAGGGAGGAUUACACCAAGUCGUUGUGGGCGGUGCGCAGCUUCCAGCGCAAGCAGAAGCCCCUGGCCGCUCCGGGCGAGACGCCGGUGAUUUCGGUGAGCGGUGUCAGCGCCGCCUACGGUCCCGUCAAGGUCCUCGACGACAUCUCCUUCGACAUCCACCGCGGCCGCACGGUCGCGGUGGUCGGUGAAUCGGGCUCGGGCAAGUCGACCGCGGCGCGGUGCAUCACCGGCCUGCUGCCGCCGACCAAGGGCGAGAUACGGCACAACGGCCAAGUCCUGCCGGCGAGCUUCAAGCAACGCUCGAAGGACCAGCUCCGCCAAGCGCAGAUGAUCUAUCAGAUGGCCGACACCGCGCUCAACCCGAAGAAGCGCAUCGGCGAGAUCAUCGGGCGUCCGGUGGCCUUCUACCGGGGGCUGCGCGGCGCGGAACUGAAGAAGCGCGUGGACGAGCUGCUCGACCAGAUCGAGCUGGAGCCGUCGCAGUACUACCACCGCGUUCCGUCCGAGCUGUCCGGGGGCCAGAAACAGCGUGUCGGGAUCGCCCGCGCGCUUGCGGCCGAUCCCGAGUUCAUCAUCUGCGACGAGGUCACGAGCGCGCUCGACCAGCUCGUCGCCGAGGGGAUUCUGAAGCUUCUCGACCGCCUCCAGGAGGAUCUGAACCUCGCGUACAUGUUCAUCACCCACGAUCUCGCGACGGUGCGCUCGAUCGCCGACGAGGUGGUGGUGAUGAAGGAGGGCAAGUACACCGACCUGCUGCUCUCCUCGGUGCCGGAGAUGGACCCGGACUGGCUCGACGGGCUGCUCGAGCGGCGCGGCGUCGACAACAUCGGCGAGGCGGCGAGGAAGUAG